AUGAGCGACGCGCAGCAAGAACCGUCCCCGGACUUCGUCCUGAUGCGGCUCGUCUCCGCCGCGGAGUACGACCGGCUGGACGAGCCCGAAGACCGGAUCCGAUCCGGAGGCGGCGGGUUCGGACCCGUGAAAGCCGCGCUGGGACACCGCGGCGGCGGGUUCGAUGUGGACCCCAGCGGCCCCUCUUCGGGCCUCGGUUCCGGAUCCCCGCACUACAGCUCUCCGCUGCCCGGGAAAGGUGAGCUGGACGGCGGGCUGGUGCUGACGCAGGCCCCGCUGGGCUCGGAACCGCCGCUGUCACCUCCGCCGGAGGACUUUGGCAUAGUGGCGCAGAGGUUCGUGGACGGUUCGGGGGGACCCGGGCCGAGGGCGCAGCUCAUGGUGUUUCAGAACCUGCUGCGGUCCGGAGACCGGAUCCUGGAAUUCAGACCGGAGGGGUUUCUGCAGGAGGAGGCGGAGAGACAACAUCUGGACCCAGGAUUAGGCUCUGGUUCUGGCAGCAACACAACCGGUCCUGGUCCUGGAGGUGGGCCGGAACAGAACUCUUGCUGUGUCCCGUCUGCAGAGGAGAACCUGCAGUGGCACCCAGUCCUCAGACUGUCCAAGGGGUCCGAAGGGCCCCAGAACCUUCAGUGGGUCCCAGUUCUGGACUCUGAGUCCGGCCCGGUUCUGUGUCUCCGACACCGACUGGCUAAGUGGCCCCCGGGCCUUCUGGACCAGGCCCUGCGCCUGGGUCUCCUGGAACCCAGAAAGACCUGCUCGUCUGGGGGCGAGGACCCAGUCCUGGUUUUGGCCCAGAGGCUGGGUCAGAUGGGGGAGUUGAUGGAGGGGGUGGGAGGUGGAGGGGAGGACCUGGCGCUCCCCACCCCACGCUGCUCUUGCCAUAGUGUCUUGGGUUCUGGAGGACCCGGGGAGGACCCCAGUGACACCAGUGAUGCCCUGCUGGUUCUGGAGGGUUUGGGUUCUGAGGAGGUGGGUGGACUGGGUCAGGGGGGAGGCAGGGAGGAGGCCGUAAAAGGAGAGGAGGUGGGGGUUGUCGGUGGAGGAGGGAAUCCUGGUGGUUCUGGACCCGUGUUCUCCAGCGGGACUCUGAGCGGUCUCAUGCAGCAGGUCCACAAACUGGCUGAGGAGGCCGGAGUCUGCACAGACCAGAACUGCUGCUCCUCCAUGCCCACCCCUAUCAACACCACCCCGUACCCCCCUGCAUCCGGUCUCAGAGACCCCCAGGUCCCCCCAGACUUGAUCCCCCGGCACCAAUCCAGAUCCCAGCCCCAGAGUCGCGCUGCCACCCCCAGGCUUGGUGUGGCCCUGGGGGGUGCCGGACAGUCCGCCUCCCCACUCGUGGUCCUGGAGGGGGAGAAGAAGUCCAGAAAGGGGGCGUCCUUGAAGGUCCGGCUCAGCAAGCUUUUCAGAACCAAGAGCUCCGGUGGUGGGUCAGGGGGGCUGCUGGACAAGAGACCGUCUCUGGCAUCGUCCACCUCGUCCGGGGGGAGCCUGCUGGACGUAUGGGGGUCCACCUGCAGCAACACGAAUCAGGACAGCACCAGACUGCAGGUGUCACGACCUCACAGUGCUUUCUCUCCGGUGCCGUUCAGCCCGGCAUUCACUGGUGAGACGGUGUCUCUGGUCGAUGUGGAUAUUUCUCGCCGGGGGGGGACGUCUCUCCACCCCCCCACCCCUCCUCCCCCGCCCCGGCGGAGCCUCAGUCUGCUCGAUGACUUUGGGGGUCCUCCUCAGAACCAGGGACCCUUCACUGGAGCUUCGAUGCAAUCCCUGCCCCCCCGGCCUAUGGCCCCCUCCCUCAGCGCCAUCCAGCACAGCCUGAGCCUGAACGACACCUUCCUGAGAGGGUUACCGCGACCGGUACCACUGCGGCCCGACGGGCUGAGCCCCCCACCCCGACUCACCCCCCGCUGCCCUCUGAGCCGACCUGACGCCGGCAGCUUCGCCACCAGCCUCAGGGAGCUGGAGAAGUGCGGCUGGUACUGGGGUCCGAUGAACUGGGAAGACGCAGAGAUGAAACUGAAGGGGAAACCAGAUGGAUCGUUCCUAGUCCGAGACAGUUCGGACCCUCGGUACAUCCUGAGCCUGAGCUUCAGAUCUCAGGGUGUCACGCAUCACACCCGCAUGGAGCACUACAGAGGGACCUUCAGUUUGUGGUGCCACCCCAAGUUCGAGGACCGAUGCCACUCGGUGGUCGAGUUCAUCGAGCGAGCCAUCAUGCACUCCAAGAACGGGAAGUUCCUCUACUUCCUGCGCUCCCGGGUCCCAGGUCUGCCUCCGACCCCGGUUCAGCUCCUGUACCCAGUCUCCAGGUUCAGCAGCGUGAAGUCCCUGCAGCACCUGUGUCGGUUCUGCAUCAGACAGCUGGUCCGGAUUGACCACAUCCAGGAGCUGCCGCUGCCCACGCCUCUGAUCUUCUACCUGAGGAAGUUUUAUUACUACGACCCCGAGGAGGAGAUCAGUCCCUCGCUGCCGGAGGUAAAGAACCCCGGGUCGGACCCCGGGUCGGAGUCCAGUGGCCCCCUGGGGGUCGAGUCCCAAACGUAGCACCAGAACCAGAGACCAGGUCUUCUCUUCCCUGUCGAUAACUCAGAUCAGCCAAUCAGCUCCCUCCGCUCUGUCUGGGUUUCAGACCACCC